AAGAACCGGAAGUCCGGAACCCACACAGGCACGCACGAAAGGAAAAGUUGGCAAAGUUGCGUCGAGUUAACGCACCGAUCUAAAUCGAUUCGAACCGGAAUCCCACCUUCCUUCCCGAAUCCUUUUCCGUAUGCACUACCUUCUCCACUUAUAAAUCGUCAUUCCUGUUUUUCCUUGCGGUGAUCUCCGACUUCUUGAUACUGCAAUUUGGGGAGCGUAUACCGAAGAUCAGUCAUGUCGUUCAGAUUCCGAGGAGGGUCGAAUGCUUCUUCUGGGAUGGGUGUAGCUGAGCACUGCAAGGGCACGUUUCUGGAACUACAAAGGAAAAAGGCUCACCGAUAUGUAAUCUUUAAGAUCGACGAGAAGAAAAACCAAGUUGUUGUUGAAAAAACAGGCAGCCCUGCUGAGAGUUACGAAGAUUUCACAUCAGCUUUGCCAGAAAACGAUUGCAGAUAUGCCGUCUAUGACUUUGACUUUGUGACUUCCGAUAACUGUCAAAAGAGCAAGAUAUUCUUCAUCGCCUGGUCACCUGAAUCGUCUAGGAUCCGUGCCAAAAUGCUUUAUGCAACAUCUAAAGGCCGCCUCAGACACGACUUAGAUGGCGUUCACUAUGAGAUUCAGGCUACUGAUUCUACAGAAAUGGAGCUCGAUGUGCUUAGAGAACGCGUCUACUGAUUUUUCUUUAUGCACUUUUUAAGCUAGCCUUUUAGUGUUAAUCGGAUCUUUUUGUGUAGUUUGUAACACAUCGUUAUACAAAUAUGGAGUUUGUAUACAUGACAAAAUAAAACAGCUUGUAGUUGUACUCUUUUGCA